AUGUCACAAGAAAGAUUGCUAGGUGGAGCUAAUGACCACCCUGGACUUUAAUAGGAGCCAGCUAAAAAGAAAUACGUACCUUAGCCAAUCAAUCAGGAUUAGAGGAAUAAAGCUAGAGAAGUAAUCAAGGAAAACCAUCCACUCUCUGGUACAUAGACUGAAAAAGUUUUUCCAGUAUUAGGGCCAGUUGCACGACUAUUCAGAAAACAAUAAGAUGAGAGCAAUGUACCAUUAAUUGAUGCUGAGAAUCAAAAAUCAGAUGGAGGAAAAAGAUCCCCCAAAAAACAGGUAAAAUUAUCUUAAGACAUGAAGGAUGACCCAUUUAACUUCCUUGGUUUCGGUAUGGUUGCUUACAGAGAUUUGAUGCUAACUCUGGUGAUCUUAUUUACAUUUUUGACAAUUGUUAUGACUCCAGUCAUGGUAAUUUACAGCAAACACACAGCUAUUCAAUAACCAAAGAGCUGGACAAAUUUAUCUUUAGGUAACCUGGGUUAUACCUCAUCUCAGUGCCAAAGAAUUCCUUUUGACUUGAAAAAGGUCACAAUGUUCUGUCCAUUUGGACUUAUCACUGAUAUUCACUAUCUUGGUAUCAAUCCAGAUGGUAUUACCGAUAGAGAUUCUUGUAUCAAAACAUCUCAAAAUCAGAUUUGUUUUGAUCACAUAAAACCUGAAUUUUAGGUAUCUCUUUAAACCAUUGCCCAGCAGAAGGAUAAUAAUGACAUGAGUUAAGACUUUAAAGAUACAGAGAUCUUUAAGGAUCCAGCAUCAGUUCCAGCUUAAUGCAAAAAUACUAAUGCCUAAAUUUAUGUAUAGUACUCCUGUGAGUAGCCUAAAGAAUUGCUUGAAAGAAAGUAUAGAGAGUUAUCCUACGUCUCAUGUCUUGGAGCAUUCGCUGCUUGUGUUUUUAGUAUUGUUAUCUACUACUUCAAGAGAACUAGCAAACUAAAUCAAAUUGAUUGGGAUAUCUAGACUAUCACACCAGGUGAUUACACUCUUCACUAUGAAAUAACUGACGAAGCUUAUAAUAACUUCCUUUCGACUAUCUACUCAUAAAAUGGUGACGAAGAGAAAGGUGUCUCAAGAGGAAUGAGCCUGAAAAAUUACUUAAGAAAAGAAAUUGAAGCUAUUCUUACUGAGAAAUUGCAAUAAGUUAGAGCAACAAACCCUGAGGAGUGUAAAAAUAUCAAAAUUUCAACAGUUAAAAUUGCUGAUAUUGCAUUCUCAUUCAAUAAUGCUGAAUUGAUUUCUCUUCUCAGAGAAAGAGGACAACACAUAAUGUAUCAAAGAUUCGAUAAGAUGAGAGAAGCAGAAGCAAAAAUUUCAGAGCUUAAGGAUAGAAGAUUCAUAGAUUUAACUAAGCCAUGUGAUGCCUUUAUCACAUUUGAAGAAGAGGAUAGUAGUAUCAUCGGUUAGAAAUUUGAAGCUUAAUACAACUUUGCAGGCAAAAGAAAGCCAGCAUAGUAAAAACUGUUAGGUGAGGAAUUCUUCUUAUCUGAGUGCACUGAGCCAACAAAUAUAAUCUGGGAAAAUAGGCAUUGGACUUAACGUGACUACAUAAAGAGAGGUACUAUUGUCUUUACCAUUAUAACUUUCCUCAUCAUUAUCUCAUUCAGUUUGAUCUUCUUCAGCAAAUCAUUCUCUAUAAGAAUCUUCAAUAAAUAUCCAGCUGUAGAGUGCGAUGUAAUUCAAAAGAGUUAUACAGUGAACAAAGUUGAUAUGCUUCCACAAUAUGCUUAAAGAGAGUUUGACGGCUUUUACAAUAGUGGAGAAGGCAAAGAACCUACUCCAUUAUCUGGUGCUCUACAAUGCCACUGCGAAUAAAUUAAGAAGAAUGGAACAAUCAGCCUAUUGAGUUACGCUUCCCCAAAUGGAAGUAAAAUCUGCAGAUAAUACUAUAUUGACUAUUGGCUUAGUUUUAUAUCAAGUAGUGCAGUCCAAUAUAUGAUUAUUGGUAUCAAUUUCGUACUCAGACUUGUUAUUAUCAAAUUAAUCAUAUUCAUUGGAAAGGACACUGAAUCAGAGUAGACAAAAUUAAUUACAAACGGUGUCUUUGUAGUCUAAUUCUUCAAUACUGCUUUUCUUUUACUUUUAGUCAACGCAAAUAUGACUGAGUAAGCAAAGUGGCUAGGAAUUUUCUUCAAUGGAAGAAUUGGGGAUUUCAACACUUACUGGUUCAGUGAUAUCGGAAAGACCUUAAUAGGUGCUAUGCUUUUCAACAUCUACUGGCCAAUAUUUGAAGUCGGUAUGUGGUAUGGAUAUAGACUAUUCUUUAGGCUUUGGGAUAAAGGAUUCAAAACCUGCAAUGACAAUGUAACAAAGAAAACAACUGUUCAGCAGUAUGUUGAACUUUACAGUGGUCCAAUCUUCUUCAUCCAUUACAAAUACUCCUCAAUUCUUAACAUUACUUUUGUGACAAUGAUGUACGGAUUAGGAAUUCCAGUCCUAUUCCCGAUUGCUGUAUUCUCAUUCUUUGUACUUUAUGUAGUGGAGAAAUCUAUGGUCUAUUGGAGUUAUAGACUUCCUCCUAUGUAUGAUGAUAAAUUGAACAAUAAUGUCCUUUCAUUAAUGACUUAUGCUCCUCUAUUAUUCUUAUCUUUUGGAUAUUGGAUGCUUUCAAGCAAAUAACUAUAUGGCAAUGAUGUUCAAUAUUUAGAAAGUGCUAGUGGGGCUCCAAAGACCGGCCAUGUAUGGUGGGAUUUCUUCAUCCCCAAUGGUUAUCAGUCAGGUCCAGGUCUUCCAUUGAUCAUCUUCUUCUGGAUAUUCUUUUUCGGUACACUAUUUAGAAAUCAAAUCUACAAAUAUCUUGCAAGAUGGUUCCCUAGAUUCAUAAAGGUAGGAGAUAUUGAAAUAGAUGAGAAUCUAGACAACUACUUCAAAACAAUUGACGAUAAUGACAGAAAAUGGAGUAUUACUGAAGAGGAGAAUGCAAGAUCAGCAUAUAACCUCAAAGUACUUCAGGAUGAAACAUUGUAAAAAUUCAAGGAUACUUAAUUAGGAGACUCCGUAAUGAAAGGAGUUCACUGUUAUGAUAUUCUUGCAAACCCACUCUAUCUCGAUGACUUCCAAUACUUCUCACCUUCAAUGGAAGAUAGAGAAAAAUACAUUAUUGAUGACGAUGAUGAUGAGGGCAAUGAUACCGCUCAAAGUGACUUAGUAAAGCUUAUUCUUAACUUAGCUUUCCUAACAGAGAAACAAGCAAGAGAAUUCACAUUCUCCAAGAAUGCUUGUAAGAAUCAAUAGAUUGGUGGAUCAAUCAACUGA